AUGGGUGCUGGUGGCCCCCGCCGGGGUGCAGGCCCCCCGGAUGGCGGCUGGGGCUGGGUGGUGCUGGGCGCCUGCUUCGUGGUCACAGGCUUCGCCUACGCCUUCCCCAAGGCUGUGAGUGUCUUCUUCCGCGCGCUCAAGCAGGACUUUGGUGCUGGCUAUAGUGACACGGCCUGGGUGUCCUCCAUCAUGCUGGCCAUGCUCUAUGGCACAGGCCCCGUGUCCAGCAUCCUCGUGACCCGCUUUGGCUGCCGCCCAGUGAUGCUCGUGGGCGGGCUGCUGGCCUCCGCGGGCAUGGUCCUGGCCUCCUUCUCCACACGUCUGGUGGAGCUGUACCUAUCGGCGGGCGUGCUCACAGGCCUUGGCCUGGCCCUCAACUUCCAGCCAUCGCUCAUCAUGCUGGGGCUGUACUUCGAGAGGCGGCGGCCUCUGGCCAACGGGCUGGCGGCGGCGGGCAGCCCGGUGUUCUUGUCGGCGCUGUCGCCACUUGGCCAGCUGCUGCUGGAGCACUUCGGCUGGCGCGGUGGCUUCCUGCUGCUGGGCGGCCUCCUGCUGCACUGCUGUGCGUGUGGCGCUGUUAUGCGGCCGCCGCCCGGGCCUGGCGCCCCACCACUGCCACCACAUGGGGACCGCAGUGCCCACGGCCCCGGGGAGGCGGAGGCUGGGAUGUCCCCUGGCAGCCGGCAACGCCGGCGCCUGCUGGACAUGACCGUGUGCGCCGACCGUGCCUUUGUCGUAUACAUGGUCACGAAGUUCCUGAUGGCGCUCGGCCUCUUCGUUCCCGCCAUCCUGCUGGUAAACUAUGCCAAGGAUGCGGGUGUGCCUGACGCUGAAGCCGCCUUCCUGCUGUCCAUCGUGGGCUGUGUGGACAUCGUGGCGCGGCCGGCAUGUGGUGCAUUGGCAGGGCUGCCGCGCCUGCGCCCACACGUGCCUUACCUCUUCAGCCUGGCACUGCUGGCCAACGGGCUCACGGAUCUGUGCAGUGCACGUGCGCGCUCCUACACUGCCCUGGUGGCCUUCUGCGUGGCCUUCGGCCUCUCCUAUGGCAUGGUGGGUGCACUGCAGUUUGAGGUGCUCAUGGCCACAGUGGGUGCUCCCCGCUUCCCCAGUGCGCUGGGCCUGGUGCUGCUCCUGGAGGCUGUGGCUGUGCUCAUCGGACCGCCUUCUGCAGGCCGCCUGGUGGAUGUGCUCAAGAACUACGAGAUCAUCUUCUACCUGGCCGGCUCUGAGGUGGCCCUGGCCGGCAUCUUCAUGGCUGUGUCCACCAAGUGCUGCCUACGCCGUCGCCCCAGUGGCUCCCAGGACGCCCCCUCGGGCCCGGGCUCUGAGGGUGAAGCCAGUGACACCGAGGAGGCAGAGGCGGAAGUGGAUGUGGACUCGGAGCCCCCUAUGGUCAACCCAGAGCUGCCCUACAGCCUUGAGGCCCUGGAGGAGGCGAGCCCCAGCGCUGGGACCGGGGAGCCCAAGGCGGAGGCAGAGGGUGGGCUACAGUCUGGGUCUGUGUAG